AUGCUAAGAUAAACUGAUAUUUACCAACGGUGAUUUACAAUUGAUUUACGCCUAACGAGCUCUUAAUAAUGAAGAUCUUUUUCUAUUACUUAUUUCUACCAUAUCUAUAAUAGCAAGUUGGUCACACCUACAAUUGAAAUAGAAACGAAGUGUUUCCUGGUCUAAAAUGUAGAAUAUCGUCUCAAUCAUCAUUUGUCAAGACUAUUCUGAGUAAGUUCCUUGACUUGGACAAGAUACCUAGUCCACGUGUGUGCCUACAUGGAUCACUAAUACAUCUCAGCAGAGCUGUGAAUUUCCAGUCACAGCUGUAUAAAAUCUCUUUCAUCCUUGGAAUAUUCAUUGCUCCAGCUGCAAAUAAUUGAAGACGGUGUGAAAGACAUGACAAUAAGCCAAAAAUAAUUCCAAAAUCUCUGAUGCUCUAUUUCUGGUAAUCUUCUUCUUUAUUCGCAAAAGAGAAGUUUCCUUUCUCCUUCCCAUCCCUUGGUCCAAUAGGAAUCUUAUGACCACUUGAAUGGCCAACUGGAGAAGCGCAGCACAUGGUUGGUCAUACAUAUACUUUACAAUACUUCACAUUCAUUAAUACCCACUGCCACUCCACUCUCCACUAGCUGUUUCCUGUUUGUAUUGGAAACUUCAAAGUCAAACUCUUACCUUCUCUCCACGUUACAAUGACCUUCUCCUUCCCUUCUUCUUCCUCCAAGCAAUCCACGUGGCUGCCGGAAAUACUCCUCCUCCUCCUCCUCUCCACCGGAGUAACGUCCAGAGAACUUGUGAAGAAUUCAGAUUUCGAAUCUCCACCAUCAAACCUGCCGAAGAAUUUGAACUCAACAUCAGUGGUGCUGAACAAAAACAACACAAUCCCAGGAUGGACAUUUCAGGGAGGGGUUGAAUACAUAACAGUUGGAAAAAACAUCUCAUUGCCAGACAAAGGACAUGCCAUAUUAUUGGGUGAAGAUGGAAAAAUAAACCAGACUUUUACAGCCGAUGCAGACUACUUGAAUUACAUACUGACCUUCGCGCUAGCCCCAGGCGGUCAGAAUUGUUCAGCUACUGCUCCAUUAGAAGUCUCUGCACCAGAUUCUGAUGCGAUCUUUACCUUGAACCACCGCUAUUGGAAGGAGCCAUGGAAGGUCUAUGGCCUCUAUCUGGGCAGCUGGGGAGAUAGAGAGUCUAUAAACCUUGAAAUUGGAAGCCUAGCAAAUGACUCUACUUCAACUUCAACCUGUUGGCCUGCAAUUGACUCACUUCAUCUCAAGACAAUGGGUAUAGUGAUGCCAGACAAUGACAACUUAGUAGUCAAUGGAGGAUUCGAAUUCGGCCCAGAUUUUCUCGAAAACACUGCAGGAGGAGUUCUACUUGAUUCAGCUCCAACUCCUCUCUUUUCACCACUAAUACAGUGGAUUGUGCUGGGGACAGUCAGAUACAUAGAUUCAAAACACUUCUUUGUUCCACAAGGCAAUGCUGCUGUGGAGAUGAUAUCAGGGGUUUCAUCUGGAGUUCAAGCAGCAGCAAAACUCCAGGCAGGUUCUUCAUAUACCUUGGAUUUCACUCUGGGCGACGCCAAUGAUUCGUGCGCAGCCAAAUUUCUUGUUGGUGCUCAAGCUGGAUCGACGUCUCGGAAUUUCACAUUGGAGAGCAAUGGGACAGGUUCGGCUGUAAAAUUCUCCAUGACAUUCAAUGCAAUUCCUGAUGUUAAUACAAUCACUUUCCUUAGCUACACUACUACCCAAACAAAAGAUGGAGACUUCUGUGGUCCAGUCAUAGAUGAUGUAAUCUUGCGUGUUUCUCAUGGGCUCAGAAUCUUAAUGCCCUGGAAGAGUUUGGUUCCUCUGUGUUUAGUUACAAUUCUCUAUUUGCUCUGAGCCUGAGGAAGGAUAGUGUCCAGGAAUUCUAAAUUUGACAAAUUAGAAAGCCUAUAUCAUUGUAGUACCUUUCUUCUUUGAGAAGUACUUAGAA